GAAAGCUGAUUUCACUACAGCAAAUGCUUUUUAUAAAAACCUUUCGUAAACUGUAACAGAUCAUCAUAACGGUAGCGAAUACGUAAUUGCGAACAUGUUGGAACACAAACAUUGCUUGUUGUUGGCGCUCAUUUUAUGUGUGGCCAUUAAAUAUGCCAUGGGAUUCGAUAGUAAAAUUGUGAAUGGCUCAAUGGCUUUGCCAGACGAAUUUCCAUUUAUGGUUUCUCUGAGACGGGCAUCGUCAGGACGUCACUCCUGCGGUGCUUCGCUUCUAAACCGUGUUUGGGUUUUGACAGCAGCUCAUUGUGUGGUAAGAACAAAGCCAAGUCAAAUUAAUGUCCAAUACGGUAGCAUUGAAUUGAAUCAAAAUUCAACGGAUCUGGCCAAUGUAUCGAAAAUAUUUGUCCAUGAGGGCUACGAUCCAGCUAAUCAGUACAUACAUGACAUUGCAUUGUUGAGGCUCGAUAAGCCGGUCAAUGUAGAGAAAGAUUUUGUAGGCGUUCGACUGCCCGAAUUAAAUGCCACCACUGACAAUCAAACGCCAGUCACUUUAAUCGGUUGGGGCUUAAAUGCGACUGGCGGAGUAGUGCAGCAGUUCUUGCAAAAAGUUGAUUUGGAAAUAUUCGACGAUGACGAAUGUAGUACGAGGCAUGGUUUACAAAUGCAUUCAACUACUAUUUGUGCCGGUGUACCGGAGGGCGGUAAAGGUCAAUGUAGUGGUGACUCAGGUGGUCCUUUAAUUUUAAAUGGCACUCAAAUUGGUAUUGUUUCGUGGUCUCGCAAACCUUGCACAAGACCUCCAUUCCCAGGUGUUUUUACCGAGGUAUCCGCCUACGUUGGAUGGAUUCUGGAAACUGUUCUCGAUGCCGAGGACGAUGAAGACGAAAAUACCGAAGGACUUGAACAAAUAUUGAGUGGAAAUUUAAUAGUAGUUCGUGUUAAAAAUCCACUGAAUGUGAAAAAUUAA